AUGGGAUUCUUUGCAAGUUUCGGUAGUAGCAUAGCCUAUAACGCUAUUUUGACGACAGCUCAACGAUGGUUCCCAGAAAACGUCGGAUUAGCCGGAGGAAUGAUCGUUGGUGGAUACGGUUGUGGAGCUUUUAUUCUGUCUCCUCUUCAGACUGGCUUUAUCAAUCCGCUCGAUUAUCGAGUGAACAGCGACGGGUUCUUUACCCAGGAGGAUCUGCUUGAAAGGGUACCGCAAGUAUUCAUUGUGAUGGCAGUGGUCUUUGCACUGUUACAAACGGUUGGACUCCUAUUUGUUGGACAGCCAAUUGAGCAGCUUUACAUUGAAGACGAAGCGAUGUUGAUGAACAGCCGCGAGAAGUCCACCGCCACACAGUUGAAAUCCAGCACCUUUUGGCUAUUAUUCAUAUCACUAGCCUGUAACGCACUCUGGGUGCAGCUCGUCAGCGGAUUGUACAAGGCGUACGGUCAGAAAUUCAUCAAUAGCGAUCUGUUCCUCUCGAUGGUCGGAUCGAUGGCAUCGGUGUUCAAUGCGGGCAGCCGGAUUGUGUGGGGUGUAGCCGCUGACAAAACGUCCUAUCAAUCCACAAUGGCGAUUGUAUGCACCGUAGGAGCAUCACUUGUAUGGCUUCUUCCAACCGUACGAGCUGUCGGUGAUCCACUCUUUUUCAUAGCCGUGAUUUGCAUGAUUUUCACGUGUAUAGGAGGAACCUAUUCCCUGUUCCCAUAUAUUACGCACAAAUGUUUUGGGAGUUCAAACUUUGGAAUCGUCUAUGGAUUUCUUCAGUGCUCUUUGUCUGUAGCUGGUAUACUGGCAGGAUUACUGUCACAAUUUAUUCUGCCACUUGUCGGAUUCGAUAUUCUCUUCCUUAUCGCCAGGUAUUUGGGAUUGCAAUUUCACUUAUAA